AUGCCUCGGAAGCAGCAGGCUGACUGCAUCGUUCUCUUCACAUUCCUGGGUCUGUCUGGGCUGGUUGGCGCAGUUACCAGAACAUACCACAUUGGGAUUGUGGAAGAAUACUGGAACUAUGUACCCCAAGGGAAGAACGUUGUUACUGGAGGAAGUUUUUCAGAUGACAAACUUGCAACCUUAUUUCUUGAAAGAGGGCCCAACAGGAUAGGUGGUCUUUACAAAAAGGCUGUUUACAGACAUUACACAGAUGAGACCUAUUCCACGGAGAUCCCCAAACCUCCCUGGCUUGGAUUCCUGGGCCCUAUCUUGAGGGCUGAAGUGGGUGAUGUGAUUGUCAUCCAUUUAAAGAACUUCGCUUCCCGACCAUACUCUUUGCAUCCACAUGGCGUUUUCUACAACAAAGAUUCAGAAGGAGCCCUAUACCCAGAUGGAACUUCUGGAAGAAAUAAGAAUGAUGAUAUGGUUCCUCCUGGCAGAAACUACACCUAUGUCUGGCCAGUGAGAGAAGAAUAUGCCCCUGCUCCAGCGGAUGCCAACUGUCUGACCUGGGUGUACCAUUCACACAUUGAUGCUCCUAAAGACAUCUGCUCUGGGUUAAUUGGCCCGCUACUGGUGUGCAAGGAAGGUGUCCUGAAUAAAUAUUCAGGGGCAAGGACAGAUGUGGACCGAGAGUUCAUUAUAAUGUUUACUCUGGUGGAUGAGAACCAAAGCUGGUACCUUGAUGAAAAUAUCAGACAUUUCUGCACUGACCCUGAUUCAGUUGACAAAAAAGAUGCUGUUUUCCAGAGAAGUAACAAAAUGCAUGCCCUCAAUGGAUACCUCUUUGGAAACCUCCCAGAGCCUGAGAUGUGUGUUGGUGAAUCAGUUUCCUGGCACCUCUAUGGGAUGGGGAACGAGAUAGACAUCCAUUCCAUCUAUUUUUAUGGCAACACAUUCAUCAGCAGAGGGCAUCGGACUGAUGUCGUCAACCUGUUCCCAGCCACCUUCCUGACAACGGAAAUGGUAGUUGAGAAUCCUGGGAAGUGGAUGAUAACUUGCCAAGUUAGUGAUCACCUACAAGCUGGCAUGCUGGGACAAUAUAAUGUUGGUAACUGCAAAGGUGAUAUUCCUCACCCCAAAAUGAAGGGUCAACAGAGGCACUACUUUAUAGCGGCUGAAAAAGUCCUUUGGGAUUAUGCUCCUCAAGGCUAUAACAAAUUCAGUGGUCUUCCCCUAAAUGCUUCUGGAAGUGACUCCGAGUUCUACUUCACACAAGGGGACAACAGAAUUGGAGGAAAAUAUUGGAAGGCUCAGUAUAUGGAGUAUGUUGAUGCAACUUUUACUCGAAGAAAGAGACUCUCUGAGGCAGAAGCCCAUCUUGGAAUUCUUGGCCCCGUCAUCCGGGCAGAGGUGGGUGAUACCCUGCUAGUGACCUUUGCCAACAAAGCCGACAAAGUCUACAGUAUUUUGCCCCAUGGCGUGAUCUAUGACAAGGCCUCUGAUGCAGCCCCAAACAUAGAUGGAUUUCUGAAGCCAGGGGCUCAUGUGAAUCCAGGUGAAACCUUCACAUACAAGUGGACGGUGCCUGAGAGUGUAAGCCCGACAGCGGGUGAUCCCCCCUGUCUGACCUAUCUUUACUUCUCAGCGGUGGAGCCUAUCCAGGACACCAGUGCUGGCCUUUUGGGGCCCUUGCUAGUCUGUAAAAAGGGUGCUCUCAAUGCCGAUGGGACACAGAAAGGAAUAGACAAGGAAUUUUACCUAUUAUUCACAGUCUUUGAUGAGAACUUGAGCAGGUAUCUUGACGAAAACAUUCAGAGGUUCACAUGGCGCCCCUUCAGUGUUGACAAAGAAGACAAGGAUUUUGUGAACUCCAACCGGAUGCAUGCUAUUAAUGGCUUUAUGUUUGGCAACCAACCGGGCCUAACCAUGUGCAAAAAAGACAGAGUUUCCUGGCAUAUGAUUGGAAUGGGCACCGACACGGAUAUGCAUGGAGUUUAUUUUCAAGGGAACACCAUCCACAUACGAGGGACUCACCGCGACACCCUAGCCCUGUUUCCCCAUACCUCCACCACAGUUUUCAUGCAGCCGGACCAUGCAGGUAUUUUCAGGCUAUUUUGUUCCACCAUGCACCACUUCGUGAGAGGCAUGAAUCAGAUCUAUGAGGUCAACAGCUGUGGCAACAAGGACCCUUCAGAGCAGCCAUAUGGGAUGAUAAGAACCUUUUACAUCGCUGCUGAAGAGGUAGAAUGGGAUUAUGCCCCUAACAAAAACUGGGAGUUCGAAAAGCAGCACUUGGACGCAGGAGGGGAAAGACACGGAGAUAUAUUUAUGAACCACACUGAAAACUGGAUUGGCUCUCAGUACAGGAAGGUGGUUUACAGAGAAUAUACUGAUGGAGAAUUUGUGGAGAUCAAAGCCCGACCGCCACGAGAGAAACACCUGGAACUCCUGGGCCCAAUGAUUCAUGCUGAGGUGGGCGACUCCAUCCUGAUCAUAUUUAAGAACAAAGCCAACCGGCCCUACUCCAUCUCAGCCCAAGGUAUUGCAGACAUGGAGAGCGGAAAGCAGCUCCAAGCAUCUGUCACAAAGCCAGGAGAAAUAAACACCUACAGGUGGAAUGUCCCUAAAAGAUCUGGUCCAGGACCAAAUGACCCAAAUUGUAUUCCGUCAGUUUACUAUUCAACAGUAAACUUUGUGAAGGAUACAUAUAGCGGUUUGAUGGGUCCUCUGAUUAUUUGCAGAGAAGGAGUGUUGAAUGAAAAGGGAAGAAGAAGUGAUGUUGAUUAUGAAUUCGUUCUCUUGUUUUUGGUAUUUAAUGAGAAUGAAUCCUGGUAUCUGGAUGACAAUAUUAAGAAGUAUCUCAAUAAAGAUCCACGACAUUUUAAGCGCACUGAUGAUUUUGAAGAGAGCAACAGAAUGCAUGCUAUCAAUGGAAAGAUUUUUGGGAAUCUCCAUGGCCUUAUCAUGAAUGAAGAUACGAUGACAAACUGGUAUCUGUUGGGAAUGGGAAGUGAAGUGGACAUACAUACCAUCCAUUAUCAUGCUGAGAGCUUUCUUUUCAAAAUAGAUAAAUCUUAUCGAGGAGAUGUGUAUGAUCUCUUUCCUGGGACAUUCCAAACCAUUGAGUUGUUUGCUGAUCACCCAGGGACAUGGUUGUUACACUGUCACGUGUCUGACCACAUCCAUGCUGGCAUGGAGACAACCUACACAGUCCUUCGGAACAUAGACAACAGGAUCCCUUACUCCACGAAAUCUCCAUCUGGAGGCGCAUCCCACCCAGCCACAGUGCCCCCCAAUGAACCUGGCAAGGAGCAGCUUUAUUUCUUUGGCAAGAAUCUGGGUCCUAGGGGAGCCAAAGCAGCCUUGGUCAUCCUCUUCAUCCUUGGACUCCUCCUCCUGAUCUCCACAGUGAUUCUCUCCCUCAGACUGCGGUCGGCAAGGAAGCAGGUCGCAUACCGGGAAGUCCAGUCCUGUGCACUCCCCACGGAUGCUCUGUGAACCAGCUGGUUGUCCUCAGC